CACGCCUUCUGCACCAUCCACUUAAUUUUUUUUUUACCGUCCUGGAUGAAUUGCACAGCAGUGGUUAUUUGUUCGUGCUGUGUUGAAAGAAGUAGGAAAUAGUUUUAUAUUUAGCAGGAACGCCAAGCCGUAAAGAUGGGGGAAACCAGAUUACCGCGUCAUAUGUUUUUAUGGAGUAUGGCAAUUAUUUACAUGUUUGCUUUUGCAUCCCUCUAUGUUCAGAUACCAGGUCUCUAUGGCAAUGAGGGGGUCCUGCCUGUGCGCCUGGUGGAGCCCCGUGUGGACGGCUCCAGGCCAGUGUUGGAGCAGAUACAUGCCCACCCCUCCCUGCUGUGGCUGGGGCCCCGGCUGGGUCUGGACCUGGACGCCCAGCAGGCAAUGGAGCUGCUCUGCCUGGCGGGGGCGCUCUUAGCCCUGGGAGCAGCCCUACUGGAGCCCCUCCGAGACAGCCUGGUGUUCUUCUGCCUCUGGGCCCUCUACCUCUCCCUCUGUCAGGUGGGUCAAGACUUUCUGCGUUUUCAGUGGGACAGUCUGCUGUUGGAGGCGGGCUUCCUGACCGUGCUCGUCGCGCCGCUCAACCUCCUGCGGUGGCGCUCGGCAUUCCGUCAGCAUGACGCCGUGACCUUCUGGCUGGUGCGCUGGCUCCUGUUCCGCCUCACCUUUGGUUCCGGUGUCGCCAAGCUAGCCAGCCACUGCCCCAGCUGGUGGGGGCUCACGGCGGUGAAACACAUGUUUGAGGCCCAAGGCAUCCCCCUGCCCUGGUCCUGGUUCAUCCAGCAGCUGCCAGACUGGUACCUGAAGCUGGGGACUGUCGGUCUGUUGGUGACCGAGAUCGCUGUGCCCCCCCUCUACUUCGCCCCCAUCCGCCACCUCAGACUGGCAGCCUUCUACAUUCAGGCAGUGUACCAGGUGAAGUUAAUGUUCGUGGGGAACUAUGGCUUCCUCCCCUUCCUCUCCCUGGCUCUGACUUUCUCCCUGUUGGACGACGACCAUAUCAGCUACUGGCUGGGCCACGGCAAGAAGAAGAGCGCCAAGACCUGGCACCAAACCAUAAUGUCAUUGGUGUUGCUGGCUGUAUUUGCUGCCAUCAUCUAUGGAACUAAAGUGCUCUUCACACUGGAAAUGGACUGGGAGACCAAGACUAUGACCUCUAAAACCGCCUUCACCCAGCAGCAGUUUGGCAAUUGGUUGAAGCUUGUGACAGGACCCACUAUCUGGGUAGGAGUUCUCUCUCUCACCUGGGAGGUGGUGGCAGCCAUGCUUGGGUGUGUGUGUGUUAGAGGGUGUCUCUGGAAGCUCUGGGGUCUUGUCCAAUGGGCUGUCAUUGUCUCUGCUGCAGUCGCCGUGUUUGCUAUCAGUGUGGUGCCCUACUCGUCCAUGGAGCAGGUGUACAGCAGUAAGAUCCUCCCGGAGGUGAGACAGGCCUACAGCCUAGUGGAGCGCUAUAGACUGGUCAGUGCCUACAGCCUGGACAGCAGGGUGGGCGGGAGGUCAGAGGUCGUCCUCGAGGGCAGCAUGGACAAGAAUACCUGGACGGAGAUAGAGUUCAUGUACAAGCCGGGGAAUGUGGGCGUGGCCCCUCCAGUGGUGGCCCCCCACCAGCCACGGUUAGACUGGCAGAUGAGCCAGGCAGCCCAGGGACUGGCCGAACAGAGCCCCUGGUUCACAAGCCUAGUGCACUGCCUACUGCAGGGCAAUAAGGAUGUGGUGAGACUGAUCCAGACAGACUCAGCCCAAUACCCAUUCAGCCAGGCCCCCCCGGUCUACCUCCGAGCCAGCCUCUACCAGUACUGGUUCACCCAGACCGCACAGGACUGGUCUGGUCCUAAAGAGUGGUGGAGGAGAGACUAUUCAGAGGAGUUCUAUCCUGCAGUGCAGCUGGGUGACCCUACCCUAGAGGGCAUGCUCAACCAGCAUGGACUCAAGGAGACGUUCCCGAUUCAGCCCAGUCCUGACUCUCCUCUGGCCCAGGCUCUGAAGCAGGUACGGGGCCACGUUCAGACUCUACCCGGCCACCUGGUGCUCUGGUCCCUCCUGGCCACUGUCGCCACUAUCUGGCUCUUCAAAACCCUGCUCUCUGGGGUCCUGGGGGGCCGAAAGGCUAAACCCACUCCGGCCGAACCCAAGGCCAAGAAGGCUAAGGCCCAGCCAGCAGCGAAAAAUGCCUCGGCCUCCAGUCUCAAAGCAGGGAGGGAGAAUUCUGAGGAGAGUAGACGGGAUGCUGACAAGAGCCCUAAGAAGAGGAAGUGAUGUGGGACUGCUGCCGUGGGACUUCCUGUUACGUUCUUGUUGUUGCCCCUUGUCUCGGGAUGGAGGGCGGAGAGAAGGGGUGUUACCUACAUGUAAAUCUCAGGUGUUUCUACAGUAACUAACAAUCCGACCAGCUCUUUCUACAGUAACUACCAAUCCGACCAGCUCUGUGACUCGGAGACCACCACCGUGGCCUUGUAUUCAGUCAGUUCUCAUCACUCACUCACUCACUCACUCACUCACUCACUCACACACACCCAUAUAUUGCACAUACACAAGCAAAAGCGUCUAUUUUCUCUGUGCCUCCUUCCGUCACCAUAUUCUCAGGUCCACCUAUGGAUGAGUCUUCAGACAUGCCUACGGGCGAGUCCCUGGCAUCACAGUACAGUGGUGCUUUGUUAUGAGCUGUUUUUGAGCUUUGCCAUCUGUUCUUCAGGGAACACUCUAUCUGAAUUCUGGGAAUGCAUUCAUCCAUUUUAACGGUUGCUGUCCAACAGUUUUAAUCUUGUGCUAUAUCUUUAAUAUGAUAUUCAGGCUGGGUGCAGUUAUUGUACCUCAGUGAACCCUUUCAUGGACCGCAUCAGAACUUUUUUUUAAAUUUGAAGUUGUCAAGUGAUUCCAUGUAAUGAUAUCUAUACCCGACCACGAGAAACUGUAUAGCGACAUCGUCAAGAAUACUGUAUUCUGAAAGCUUUGUCCUGCUAAACCUUUUGCCUUUGAACAGCAAACCACCGAUUUCUAACGUCAAAAUGAUUAUUAAUAUUUUUUUAACAGCUUAAAAUGCUCCUAAGAAAUCUUUAUAUUCCACAUCUGUGUAUAUUUGAGACGUAGUAUUACUUAAGCUUAGUGUAUUAGGUUAAAGCACUGCUGCAAAAUUACUGGGCUCUUAAGGAGAAAUUCCAAGCCCUUAGGGCGCUAUUCAGUCUAUCGCUGAGGCGGUACAGAUUGUGUGACUACAAUGUAAAAGUACUUUUUACUGGUCCGUGUUUAAAAAUUUAAAAAAAAUCUUAGCUGUAUAUUGAAACCGAACACUUAGAUUUGACAAACUACAGAUGGAAAAAAGACAAAUGUUCAGUGCUCGUCAGAAACUAGACUUUCGAUCUUGUCAAAUCUAGUUGAAAAGGUGUGCCUGUCAAUACCAGGUAAACUAACAGGUCUGCAUGUUAUGUUAAAGGUCAACAACAAAGGGACUGUGGCUUGGAGCUUCAACCCCCGUUUUUAGAUUUGUGGGUUCAGUUAUUUUAGUGAUUUGACCUGGGCUGAUGGUUUCUAUAGGAACAGAGACCAAUGACCAAUAUGUGGUGCUCUUUGUUUCUGCAUUUUAUUCAUGACAAAUGUACAGUGUGAAAGAGCCAGUGGCUCUCUGGUAAGGAUCUCACCAAUUUAAGUAUGGGGUUAUAGGGUCAGCUCCUGAGUGGCUGUGUUGACACUCAGUAAUGGUUUUAAGGCUGGUAGAUGUCAUGGGGGUGAAUCCCUGGGGUCCCCUCCUAUGAAGAAACUCCUGGGGGAAAGGUGGGCACUUCGUUUUUACAUUUAUUUUCAUUUAUAGACGACGUGCCCACUUACAGGAGUAUCCCCAUAAGCACUGCUCUUUGCUGUCUGUAUCACAGAGGGAACCCCAAGAAUUUGCCCCCUUCUGCUUAUGUUAUCACACCCUUCUGCCAAUGUCACCUUUAUGUGGCAGCCACUCCAAGUGGCCUUGACUCACUGACCUGCAGAGUCCUCAGUAGGCAACCGUGCCCCAGAGUUCAAACCUGUAAACCCAUGCUUAUGGGGCGAGAUCCUAACGCCAGAGCCCUUCACUCUUAUGCUUUGCUUCAUAAUUUGACACAGAGUUCGGUUGAUAUGUAUAUUUGGCUGUGGUUAAAAGUUUUCUUGAGUGUGUUGGUUGGAUGAAUGGAAAGAUUUGCUCAAGCAUUGCUUCAAAUGUUUUAUCAACAAAGACAGUUGCAUCUGGUUAUCUCCGUUUCAUACUAUUAAAGAUUUGAAAUUGUGGGUAAA